AUGAGUGCGGCCUCAUAUCCUUCAUUGCGUAUGUUGGUGACGUUCUUCCAGUUUGCAAAGAAGCACAUUGACAGUACCCUUGUAGAAACAGACAAUGCAGCUGUCAAAAGCGCAGCUCAAGCAAUGCAGAUCAAGCUUGCUAGCUACUAUGGAUCACGCUCGCAUUGUCGCAAAGAUCUGUAG